AUGUUGCCCUGCAAACUGGAGAUUGUCUUCUUGAUUCAGAGCCGCCCCAGUGUGCUGGGAAGCCGUGUGCUUAACGGGUCCUGGGACAGAUUAACUUCCCACUGCAAUCAAUCAAUCUCCUUCUGUCAGCCAUUUGCAAAUCCACGGGGGGGAGGGGAUGGGGCAUCCUCAACAAAAGUGGCCUACCCACAAUCCCUUGCUCUGCGAGGUCAAGGGCGAGACUUACUGGGUGACUAUGAGUGCAGGGCCUCUCAGAGGUCUGACCUGCUCAGGUUUUCCAUUCUGAUGAGUUUUGCUGGUACUCCAGGGUACCUGUCCCCAGAGGUCUUGAGGAAAGAUCCUUAUGGCAAACCUGUGGACAUGUGGGCCUGCGGUGUGAUUCUCUACAUUCUGCUGGUUGGAUAUCCACCAUUUUGGGAUGAAGACCAGCAUCGCCUCUAUCAGCAGAUUAAGGCUGGUGCAUAUGACUUUCCUUCUCCUGAGUGGGACACAGUGACCCCUGAUGCUAAAGAUCUGAUUAAUAAGAUGUUGACUAUCAAUCCUUCUAAACGCAUCACAGCUGCUGAAGCCCUCAAACACCCUUGGAUCUGCCAACGCUCCACUGUAGCCUCUAUGAUGCACAGACAGGAAACUGUGGAGUGCCUGAAGAAAUUCAAUGCCAGAAGGAAACUCAAGGGUGCAAUUUUGACCACUCUCCUGGUCACAAGAAACUUCUCAGCAGCCAAGAGCUUGUUGAACAAGAAGACAGAUGGUGUGAAGAAGCCAGAGUCUCACUCCUCCAUCUAUAGCCUCAUGAUCCAGAGCUCCAGAGAGACUCAUAUCCUCCUCAUCAGUGACACAGAGGAAGAUCCAGUCAAGCUUUACUAA